AUGGGAUUGCACAGCGACGGCAUCAGAGACGACCGACGCCAGAGGUGGAAGUGUCCACAAACCACCGGCGUGCCGUGGAUCAAUGGGGCUGAGAAGUUGGAGUGCACCAGGUGCAAGACGUGCAAAACUGCUGCUUUCAAGGAGACUGUGCAGCAACAGGCGCCCUCGGUCUAUGCGAAACAGCAGAAAGGGGGCGCGUCGAGUCAGGUUACGGAUGUGGAUAGGAUCACCAAGCGGAUGGAGUUGCGCAUGCAGCAAAUGCAGGCAACAUUCUUCGACAACGAGCGAAAGGCCUGGAAGCGCAGCUCUGCCCAGGGCAAGGCAACCGAGGAUAGUGCGCCGUUCGACCAGUAUCGCAAGGAUGUGCUCGAGGAGGAGCCGACCAUGCGGGAGGCGGGGUCCAUCAGUGCCAAACCACCUUCGACAAGCACAGGGGACAGCGCGCAGCUGUGCGAUGUGGAGAUCGCCCUCGCGGACUUGGAGGAGGCCGUGCGAGCUGCUGGAGGUGGCGAGCUGGUCGAGUCCUUGCCAAAGGUGCUCCGCGGCAGGCUCGCCGAGAUGGUGGCGAAGAAGGCCCGCGUUGCAGAGCCUGAAGGGGGCGAAGCAGACGCAGCUGCAGCCCCGCCAGACAACCCCGAGGCCGCAAAGCCGCUGAGGCUGUCAAG